UCAAACGCCUAUGAAAAACCUUACGUAUAUGUUUCCAUUGUAAGAGUAAGAGGUCCGCUGAUAUAAGUUUCCUUAACCCCCAACUGUCUCACAUUUCCUUCAAAGUCACAGCAGAAAUGAGACCCCCUCGAGGUCGUGGUGGUGGUGGUGGUGGAUUCAGGGGUAGGAGUGAUGGAGGGAGAGGUAGAGGCAGAGGUGGUGGAGGUGGAGGUGGAGGUGGAGGUGGAAGAGGCUUUGAUAAAGGUGGUGCCAUGAGAGGCCGUGGUGGUGGACGUGGUGGCCGAGGUGGUGGAAGAGGCCGGGGAGGAGGCAGAGGUGGAAUGAAAGGUGGAAGCAAGGUUAUCGUUGAGCCUCAUAGACAUGAAGGAGUAUUCAUUGCAAAGGGUAAAGAAGAUGCUAUUAUUACUAAGAAUUUGGUCCCUGGUGAAGCUGUCUACAAUGAGAAAAGGAUAUCUCUGCAGAAUGAAGACGGAACAAAAGUUGAAUACAGGAUUUGGAACCCAUUUCGUUCAAAAUUGGCUGCUGCCAUUCUUGGUGGUAUUGAUGAAAUAUGGAUUAAACCCGGUGCUCGGGUUCUCUAUCUUGGGGCUGCUUCUGGAACCACCGUCUCUCAUGUGUCUGACAUUGUUGGCCCUUCUGGAGUUGUUUAUGCUGUGGAGUUUUCUCAUAGAAGUGGUAGAGACUUGGUUAACAUGGCAAAGAAGCGUACAAAUGUUAUCCCAAUCAUUGAAGAUGCUCGACAUCCUUCAAAGUACCGAAUGUUGGUAGGCAUGGUGGAUGUGAUAUUUUCUGAUGUUGCUCAACCAGAUCAGGCAAGAAUUCUCGCUUUGAAUGCAUCAUAUUUUCUGAAAGCUGGAGGUCAUUUUGUAAUUUCCAUCAAGGCCAACUGCAUAGAUUCCACACAACCUGCUGUGGCCGUUUUUCAGAGCGAAGUGAAUAAGCUAAAGCAGGAUCAGUUCAAACCAUUUGAACAAGUUACCCUUGAACCUUAUGAGCGUGACCAUGCUUGUGUGGUUGGUGGCUACCGUAUCCCCAAAAAAUCAAAACCUUCCGCCUAGAAAAUGUAGGCCAUCUAAAAGAAUCAAAAGCUGAUGCCUAUAAGUUGAAUCUUAACUCUAUGUUUAGCUGACUGGUCUUUUGAUGGUUUCUUUUUUGGUUCUAUCUACUCUUUUCUUGGACGCUCAAUUUGGGGUAUACUCUUUUAUUAAUUUGUUUUGCUCUUCUCUCCUAUUUUCCUAUAGGAAUUGUUGGUGUUUUCGUUAAAGCUGAUGUGAGGUGAGGAUAAUCAUAUUUCAGGGGAAGUAAUUAUUUAUGUUCUGUAUCACAUUUCAGGCCUCUUUGCUUGCUUGGCUUUUCAAGUGAUGUGAACCUCAGUUGAGCCA